AUGGCGUCUGCGGUUUCGACAACCCUAAGUCGAUUUCGCGACAAUACGCCUAUCAUCCCCGAGCGGAGGCCAAAGGCAAAAAAGGUCAGCCAUGAUCAAUGGCCUUCGUUGCUCCAGACAGCCAUUGUGGCGACCGCUCUAAAGAUUCUGUUGUUCCCGGCAUACAGGUCAACAGAUUUUGAAGUUCAUCGGAAUUGGCUUGCCAUCACGCAUUCCUUGCCCGUUAAGAAGUGGUACUACGAGGCUACAUCGGAGUGGACAUUGGACUAUCCACCGGCAUUUGCGCUGUUUGAAUGGCUUCUUUCCCAGCCCGCUAGCCUGAUCGACGCUGGAAUGGUGAAAAUCCAAAACCUGAAUUAUGAUUCCUGGGCCACCAUAUGCUUCCAGCGAAGUUCUGUCAUCAUCACGGAGCUGCUGCUCGUCUACGCUUUGCACAAGUACAUGGAUUCCUCCCCUGCUCCAACACGCCGCCAAAGUCAUGCUGUGGCCCUGUCGAUCCUGCUCUCCCCUGGAUUCUUAAUCAUCGACCAUAUCCAUUUCCAGUACAAUGGCUUCCUCUAUGGCAUCUUGAUUCUGUCCGUCGUCUUUGCGCGGAAGGAGUCGACGUUGCUUUUGAGUGGCAUUCUGUUCGCCUUGCUUUUAUGCUUCAAGCACAUCUACCUCUACCUGGCACCCGCCUAUUUUGUCUACCUCCUCCGGACCUAUUGUCUAAAUCCGAAGAAUGUGUUUCAACCACAAUUUGCAAACACAUUCAAACUCGGAACUAGCAUUAUUGGCAUAUUUGGAGUCGCGUUCGGUCCUUUCGUGGCCUGGGGUCAGCUUGACCAACUGAGAAGCCGACUGUUUCCAUUUGCGCGAGGUCUUUGUCAUGCAUACUGGGCACCGAAUGUCUGGGCGACUUACUCAUUCUUGGACCGGGUGCUCAUACUGGGUGCUCCUUACCUUGGCCUCCACGUUGACCAAAGUGCUGUGAACAGCGUGACCCGGGGCUUGGUCGGAGACACUUCGUUUGCCGUUCUACCGGAAAUCACGCCCAGACAGUGUUUCGGACUUACAUUGACCUUCCAGACCAUCGCGUUGACCAAGCUGUGGCUUGCACCCAGUUGGGAAUCUUUUGUUGGCGCUCUCACGCUCUGCGGAUACGCGUCCUUCUUAUUUGGCUGGCAUGUCCACGAGAAGGCGAUUCUGCUGGUCAUCAUUCCCUUCAGUCUGUUAGCCGUCAAGGACCGGUCAUAUCUGGCGAGCUUCCGCCCUUUGGCAGUGGCUGGGCACGUGUCUCUAUUUCCGCUUCUCUUUACCGCCGCUGAGUUCCCGGUUAAGGUGGCGUAUACGAUAACUUGGCUGAUGAUUUUCCUCUACACCUUUGGGCAAUUAGCGCCAGCGCCCACGCGGAGGAGAGUCUUCUUGUUGGAUCGUUUUGCUCUGCUUUACAUUGCAGUAUCGGUGCCCUUGAUGGCGUAUUGUUCAUUGCUACACCGGGUUAUGUUUGGGGGAAGAUAUGAAUUUUUGCCUUUGAUGUUCAUAAGCACGUACUCGGCAAUCGGAGUGCUGGGCUCGUGGCUAGGAUUCAUGGUCUGCUAUUUGUCGUGA